GCCUCGAUCCUUCUCCAAGCCCAUCCCUGUUCCCCGUCUCCAUCCCUGCCCUCUUUCCCCUGGUUUCUGAUCGGAAUCGGGGUUCCUGGGGCUCCAUUUCGAGAUCCCAAUCUCCCAUCCCAACCCCGAUUUCCUUCAGAACCCGGCAUCUAAUCUCGAAUCCCUCCCGAUGUCCUUGCAUGAGGCAAAAAAAAAAGGCUUCCAAUUCCAUCAGUAAGGAUUUGGUCCUUGUAUCGAGAUGGAUGAUUUCGUACACUAAAUAUUGACAAAUUGGAUAGAGUUUUGAAGUUAGGGUUUGAUUUGAGAUUCUAGAUUUUGAUCACGAGGAGAUGGAAAAGGCGGCGCAGCAGAAGCGGGGGAUCUUGCGGCAGUUCUCAACCGGGUCUUUGAGGAAGAGUGGGAGGUUAAGCUUCCGUCGGAACCUGUCGUUUGAUCCGCGCCUCAGCAAUGUGAUCCGGUUCACCUUCGGGCGGCAGUCAUCGCUCGACCCCAACUGCCGGAGCCGGAGCCAGGUCAGGGAGGAGCUCACGGUGCCGGAGAAUCUCGACUCCACGAUGCAGCUGCUGUUCAUGGCCAGCCAGGGAGAUGUGAGGGGGGUCGACGAGCUCCUGAAGGAUGGUGUUGAUGUGAACAGCAUCGAUCUGGAUGGAAGGACGGCGCUUCAUAUAGCUGCCUGCGAGGGUCAUGUCGACGUUGUCAAGUUGUUGCUGAGCUGGAGGGCCAACAUCGAUGCCAGGGAUCGAUGGGGGAGCACGGCUGCUGCUGAUGCAAAGUUCUAUGGCAAUGUUGAGGUCUACAAUAUUUUGAAAGCAAGAGGAGCCAAAGUUCCAAAAACUAGGAGGACUCCUAUGACUGUUUCGAAUCCCAGAGAAGUUCCGGAAUAUGAACUGAACCCAGGAGAGCUUCAAUUUCGCCGAGGUGAAGAAGUCCUAAAGGGGACAUACCAAGUUGCUAAAUGGAAUGGGACCAAGGUUUCUGUGAAGAUACUUGACAGAGAUAGCUAUGCAGAUCCAAAUUGCGUGAAUGCUUUCAAAGAUGAGUUGACUCUACUGGAAAAGGUGAGGCAUCCUAAUGUAGUUCAGUUUGUGGGAGCUGUUACCCAAAAUAUACCCAUGAUGAUUGUCUCAGAGUACCAUCCGAGAGGUGAUCUGAGAAGCUAUCUUCAAAAGAAAGGACGUUUGCAGCCUCAUAAAGUUGUCAGAUUUGCCCUUGAUAUUGCCAGGGGCAUGAAUUAUCUUCAUCAGUGCAAACCAGAUCCAAUAAUUCAUUGUGAUUUAAAGCCAAAAAAUAUCUUGCUGGAUAGUGGGGGCCAAUUGAAGGUGGCAGGCUUUGGUUUGAUCAAGCUAUCAAAAAUUUGCCCUGAUAAAGCAAAAUUGGCUCAUCCAACAGAAAUUGACAUUUCAAAUUUAUACAUGGCACCGGAGGUCUACAAAGAUGAAAUAUUUGACAGAAGUGUGGAUGUGUACUCUUUUGGUCUCAUUGUUUAUGAGAUGAUUGAAGGAGCACCAGCCUUCCACCCGAAGGCCCCGGAGGAGGCGGCUAAAAUACUUUGUUUAGAAGGAAAGAGACCAUCAUUAAAGACAAAGCAAAAAAGUUAUCCUUCAGAUUUUAAGGAGUUGAUUGAAGAAUGCUGGGAUUCUAAUACUGCAGUGAGGCCCACAUUUUUUGAGAUAAUUGUUCGAUUGGACAAAACAUAUGCCACUUGUGCCAAACAGGGAUGGUGGAAAGACACAUUUAAGCUUCCUUGGAAAUAGCGUGAAGUGAUGGGCUCAUUCUGUGCUACAAGAUGUUGUUGUACUAUAUGACGCUCACUCUUUUUGGAGUCUCAGAUCUGCCAGACCUUGCAUUGUACUUGCACCCCUUUUGUAGGAUACUAGUGAUGCAAUAUGGGCAGGUGAACGAGAUAUGAAUUAGGCCACAAAUAGAUCGUCUACUUCAGACACUGGCAGGGACUUAAAUGAAUGAAUCUUUCUGAAUAGAUACAAUGAAUCAAACAUUGACAGCAGGUCAGAGUAGACCGCACCAGUAUUGGGUUCUGAGUGGGAUUAAGUUGAAGCAGGAAAAUGCUUGUGAAUUUUGACACCAUUAUUGGAAAAUAAAUUGGUUUUUUCCUUUUAUUUUAUACGAAAGUUCUCAGGCAAA